AUUAUGUUUACUUUGAGAAUUCCUCCAGCAACCCAUAUCUAAUUCGAAGAAUAGAAGAACUCAACAAGACUGCAAGUGGCAACGUGGAAGCAAAAGUCGUAUGCUUCUAUAGACGACGUGAUAUCUCCAACACACUUAUAAUGCUUGCCGAUAAGCAUGCUAAAGAGACGGAGGAAGAAACGGAGAUGACGGUUGAGGCUGACUUGACUGAGAAGCAGAAGCAUCAGUUGAAACAUAGGGAGCUCUUUCUAUCCCGCCAGUAUGAAUCCCUUCCUGCAACACAUAUCAGGGGGAAGUGCAGCGUUGCCCUGCUGAAUGAGACGGAGUCGGUGCUGUCCUACCUUGACAAAGAGGAUGCCUUCUUCUACUCAUUGGUGUAUGACCCUUCAGUGAAGACAUUAUUAGCCGACAAAGGUGAAAUCAGAGUGGGCCCAAAGUAUCAGGCUGACAUUCCAGACAUGCUACCGGAAGGAGACUCAGAUGAGAGGGAACAAUCAAAAUUGGAAGUUAAAGUUUGGGAUCCCAAUAGUCCACUUACAGAUCGACAGAUUGACCAGUUUUUAGUUGUAGCCCGUGCUGUUGGGACGUUUGCCCGUGCCCUGGAUUGCAGCAGCUCCGUGAGACAACCCAGUUUACAUAUGAGUGCAGCCGCAGCCUCCCGAGACAUCACCUUGUUCCAUGCCAUGGAUACGCUGUACAGGCAUGGCUAUGACCUGAGCAGUGCCAUAAGUGUCCUGGUGCCACUUGGAGGGCCAGUCCUGUGCAGAGAUGAGAUGGAGGAGUGGUCGGCCUCUGAAGCCAGCUUAUUUGAAGAAGCACUGGAAAAAUAUGGCAAAGACUUCAAUGACAUCCGUCAGGACUUUCUCCCAUGGAAGUCCUUGACUAGCAUCAUUGAAUAUUAUUACAUGUGGAAAACUACUGACAGAUACGUGCAGCAGAAACGUCUAAAAGCAGCAGAAGCCGAGAGCAAACUGAAACAAGUGUACAUCCCAACUUACAGCAAACCAAAUCCCAACCAAAUAUCCACCAGCAAUGGCAAGUCUGGCACUGUGAACGGAGCUGUGGGGACCACGUUCCAGCCCCAGAACACCCUCCUAGGGCGAGCCUGUGAAAGCUGCUAUGCCACACAGUCUCACCAGUGGUAUUCCUGGGGCCCACCUAAUAUGCAGUGUAGACUGUGUGCGACCUGUUGGCUGUAUUGGAAAAAGUAUGGAGGUCUCAAAAUGCCCACACAGUCAGAAGAACAGAAGUCUCCCAGUCCUUCUGCAGAGGACCCACGUGUGAGAAGCCACCUGUCCCGGCAGGCCAUGCAGGGCAUGCCGGUCCGGAACACUGGGAGUCCCAAGUCCGCAGUGAAGACCCGCCAAGCUUUCUUCCUCCAUACUACGUAUUUCACGAAAAUUGCUCGUCAGGUCUGCAAAAACACCCUGAGGCUGCGGCAGGCAGCGAGACGGCCGUUUGUUGCUAUUAAUUAUGCUGCCAUUAGGGCAGAAUAUGCAGACAGACAUGCCGAACUUGCUGGAAGCCCACUGAAAAGCAAAAGCACUAGGAAACCUUUGUCGUGUAUCAUUGGGUAUUUAGAGAUCCAUCCAGCAAAGAAACCUAAUGUAAUUCGAUCUCCACCGAGCCUGCAAACUCCAACCACCAAGAGGAUGUUGACCGCUCCGAACCACACCUCUCUGAGCAUCCUGGGGAAAAGAAACUACAGCCAUCACAAUGGCCUGGAUGCCUCCAAGAUUCGGAUGGUGAAUUCUCUGAUUUUCGGAAGGGGAGGACAUGAACUCAGAAGCCUGCAACUAGAGACUGUAAAAGAGAUUGCUUUUGUGGCAUCGGUUGGUCAGAGGGCAGAGUCUCCGAGUCCACGGGCUUCAAGUACUUCUGAGUAGUCAAACCAAUAGGGAACAUUUUGCAGAAAUCAAAAACUUACCUGCUGUGUGUCAGACUGAGCUAUCCCUAUUCCCUCCUGUUCUUCAAGACCUGCUACUGUCCCCGCUGGUGGUCACAGCCAUGCCUGGAAAGAAGGUGAUCCCUUCGGUGGGAGAGCUCCACGCACACUCCUUGGAGGCCUAAAGGGGCAGGGAAGAAACUGUAGGAGUGCGCAAUCUGUGUCUGUGACUCCGUGUGUGUGAACCAGUGGCACCUAGCUUCCUUCCUAGAGACCUUGAUGUCCCAGAAUGGACCUGGAUAGAGAAUCGAGGCAAGCAGGGAGCCACUAUCCCCCUUGCUUCCCAGUUCCCAACUCCCAGGAGCAGCUAAGCUCAGCCAUGGAGGCUGCUGAGAGCCCGGAGCCCCACUGCCCUGCAUGUGUCUAAAUUAUGUACAGGAGGGACCUGGCAUCUUUCUGAGUGGCUCCUCCUUCGGAAUGUGCCAGUAUUUCUGCGGUUCAUAACAUUUCCCUACCCUUGCUAUUGUAUCUCUUGGCUUUUUCCUCAGUAGGCUGCCUUUCUCUCCUCACUGGGGAAAUUACUCUUUUCUCUCUGCAUCCUGAACAGGGUUUGCUCCCACCCUUUAUGGGGCUGGAGGGUCUGGGGAAACAGAUUGCUCUUGACCUUGGCCAGCCUGCAAGUGACUCUCAGCAUCUGUUUUGUCAUUGGAGAGAGGCUGAGGUAGGACACGUUUCCCUUCGGUCCUGGGGAGCUUGACAGAGAGCAGGUGUUAAUUGUGCGUAUCACUGUGAAAGCUGUUGGCUUACUGCCCUCUUCCCUUAUAGCUAAACCAGCUGACAAGGACCUGUAGCUGGGGUGAAGGGGUUAUGAAUCCCCCCCCCAUUUUAUUUUGAAUAGACUCUGUUGGGCCUGAGGGGUAGGGUAAAGGAUAGAAAUCCUAUUUGUAGAUAUGAAUCUAUGUAGAUGGCUUUGUGAUCCCUAACCCUUCCAGCUUUUUUUUUGUGAGCAUAUGUGCUGGGGUCCCUGGAGACCUCUGCCUAUUUUACUGCCCUGGAUACAAGCCCUCAGUGAUGUCCUAGAUGGCUCCUCUGCCAGCUUCCACACUUAGCUGCAGUCACCAAAGUAACUCCCUGAGCAGAGGACGUGGCCACCUCUCCAUUAACAGGGACAGGCUGUGGAGCACAGAGUCCCAGCACUGUGACAAGUAAAAUCUGACCUUGCAACUACCUUGGGGCCUGUGUCUUAGAGCAGCUGGGUGGCUGAUAGGAGAUACUCCAAGCGGAUGGUUGCAGGACAGAGUGGCCACAGCUGGAAUCGACCCCACCCCCAAGAAGAGUAAAUUGUCACAAAAAUGGUGGUGACAUCUGGAAGUCUGUGCACCAUACAGCAGAGAGGAGGGGUGUGUGGCUAAGAACAAUGGUCAGGCUUCCAGCUGCCUUGUCCUCUCCCAGGACUCUCUAGGUAGGAAUUGCUUUUUUUCAAUAGGCCUCUCCACAGCUAUGACAAGUUCCCACCACUGCUAGGCCAUGGCUUGGGGCCCUGCAAGUGGGGCCUGGGUCAGUGGUGCUCCAUGAACCAGGUGCAGAUGGCUGACAUUUCCCUAUAGCGUUUCCAUCAGCAAAGACCCAAGAGAUGGAGCGACUGGCCAUUUGAGUAUUUCUUCUCUAAAGAAAAAGAAGAGAUUGUGCAGUUUUCUGCAUCUGGCCGAACACUGCGUUUAUGUGGCAUAUAGACACAGGGAGAAAUGUUUGCCUCCCUGUUCACGCUCCCCUUCUGCCCUGGUCGCAUCAUGAGUGACAGCUCAUCGUGCUGACAGGUCAGUCACCCUGACUACUGGGGAUUCAUUCUCUCUACCAAGUCCAAGAGAUCUGGAGGAGGUCCUCCACCAGGCUGGUAGAGGCACAGGAGGCCUGUCCUAGCCUAGGUCACAGUUAGCUUUGGGAAAAGCACAGCUCAUUCUCUGAGCCCCAUAGAUCCAGAAUGUUCCUUAUCACCUUGUUUGUGAGAGCUGGCUCUUGCAGCCUCAUCUUCACAACAUAACUAAGCGUUUUUGAUCCAUCUGAUAGCUGGGAAGACCCAAAAAUGCUGAAGGAGUGUUCCAGGGUAAAUAAGACAGGUUCCAAAGGACCUGAUCUUUUGUCUUUGCCUUUCUGAGCCCACCGUGUUGCCAUCGUGUGUUUGUGUGUCAAUGGCAUGUCCCUGUUUCUCGGUGAGCAGAUGAGUUGGAUGAACUGAGGCUGUCUUCACAGGCAUACAGUAGUGCUAGACCCCAUGGGAAGACAUCCCUUCCAUCCUCAAAUGUUGCCACCACUCUAAUAGAUUAAGGGUGUACAAAAGAGGGGGACCAAAGGAAGUUGCUGGCAGCUCCCACAGUACUGCCUUGUCUGUGGCCCAGUGUCUGUCACUCAGGGCCCAACCAGGAAAGCAAAACUCAUUUUUAGGGUUCAUACAGAAGCAAGAAGAGUGCAGGGGGCGGGGGAGAAGCACAGUGAAGAGGCCAUGUAACUAUAGGCCAGGGCCACUGGAAAGGAGCCAAAGCCAUGAGGAGUCAGAGAAAGGAGAAGGAACUCGGCCUCUUCUUCCCACCCUAUGGAUUUCUGUGCGUGUCCCACACUAGCUGGCUCUAGCCAGAAGCCAUCCUACCCUGUGAGCCUGUGGGCUCAUCCCCCAGCAUGCAACAGGGGAGAGCUGUGGCAGGUGCAAUGCUAUGUGCUGCUGUCUCUUCAGAAACUGGCAGUUCCUCGACAGUGCUUAAGACCUUGGGGAAGGAGGCAGGGGAGUGGCCUGCUUGGGUUUUGUAGGUCGUUUUUUCAUCCUCCUAGGGAGGAAAGAGCUCUAUUGGAAGGAAGAGGAAGCCUUUCUUCACAGUCGUUCCUGCUUUCCUUUGGAGGAAUUUGCCCACUAAAUCACCAUGCCUUGUGCUUCCUUCCAGAAAACCAUGUUCUGAUUUCUGUGUGACCUGCCUGCCUGUUCCUCUACUCCAAGUCUCUGGUCGUAUCCCUCACCCCCCACCCCCUGCCAUGAGCACUAGCCAGAGCCAGCCUCAGUGCUGGGGAAGCUCUCUCCCACGCCACCAUGCCAGUUGUGGCCUGUCUGUCUGUAGGAGAGCCCAUCUAUCCGUUGGUUUGUAUUGUUUCCAAUAAAUUUCUGGAAAUCCUG